CAGGAUUACUGAGGAGAGUCCGACCAGGUUACGGUGAUAACCUGUUCAAUUUCACGACUCCUUCAACAUUUCCACGAGUUCCAGUGUGCUAAAAAAAGGCCUGUCUGUUCAACCAGUCGUACAGUGGACCUAAUCCCGAGAUUUACUCCUGCCUUCCCUCUCUCUUUUUGAUGUCAAGAGGAGCCUGGACUCGCUCUAGAUGAAAGACGCAACAUGUGUCAACAUUGGAGACAUCUUUUUGCUGCCCAAUAGACAGCCAGUCUUCUUGUAAUUCUUACCCUCCUGUUUGAGGACCCUCCUAUUCCUCCACAUUUGCUGCUGACCAAGAUGAAGAAGGUAGAGCACUGGUCUCCAGCAGAUGUUUCUGACUGGCUGCACAAAGAGGGGAUGCUAGAGUACUUGGAUGACUUCAGUAACAUAGAUGGCCCUGCUCUGCUCAAACUCAAUAAGGUAGAUUUUCAGAAGCAUCCCCUCUCGAAGGUGUCAUCCGAUGGUGGAGAGCAGCUGCUGGAGCGAAGGGAAGCACUUCGAAUAGCAACCCAGAUUGAGGCUCAGAAAAAUGGGCAUGCCAAUGGGCAUGUUGGGGGGAUACCUAAUGGAACUAGUAAGCCCCAGAGGAAUGGCACAUUGGAGGGGAAGGACUUUAAGGGGGAGAUGAUCCGCAUUUCAAUGCCUACAAUGGAAACUGCACGCUCUUCGUUCCCAACAGAGUGGGGGAAGACAGGCAUAGCAUUCGUCUAUGCUAUAAUUUGUUUUGUCACCACCACAAUAGUCAUUUCAGUGGUCCAUGAAAGAGUUCCUUCAAAAGAACACACUCCUCCAUUGCCUGAUAAGUUCUUCGACCUGUUUGAUAGGGUGGAGUGGGCCUUCUCCAUCUGUGAGAUAAACGGCAUGCUGCUUGUGGGACUCUGGCUGAUCCAGUGGCUGCUACUCAAGCACAGGUCAAUUAUAGGCAGGAGAUUCUUUUUCAUUGUGGGAACACUGUAUUUGUACCGCUGUAUUACAAUGUACAUCACUACUCUUCCAGUUCCUGGGAUGCACUUUAAAUGUUCUCCAAAGCUUCUUGGGAACUGGGAGGCACAGAUGAGGAGAAUAAUGAAAAUGAUUGCCGGUGGGGGCUUGUCCAUCACAGGAUCUCACACCAUGUGUGGAGAUUAUCUUUAUAGUGGCCACACGGUUAUGUUAACGCUCACAUUCCUCUUCAUCAAAGAGUAUUCACCCAAGCGUUUUUGGUGGUACCACUGGUUCUGCUGGACCUUGAGUGCUGUUGGAAUUUUCUGCAUUCUUCUGGCCCAUGACCACUACACGGUGGAUGUGGUUGUGGCAUACUUCAUCACUACCCGUCUCUUCUGGUGGUAUCACACCAUGGCCAACCAGCAGUCGCUGAAGGAGACCUCUCAGAGUAACCCGUUCUCCCGGGUGUGGUGGUACAGACUGUUUCAGUUUUUUGAGGAAAACGUGCAUGGUACAGUCCCUCGAAGCUAUCAGCUGCCGUUUUCGUGGCGAACAUUGCACUGGAGCCGUAGCGUGAUGUACAGCAGACUGGACAUUCAGUGACGCACCCCCCUCCCCUCAUCAGGGUUCAGGCGAGGCCUAAGACUGAAAUAAGUGCUGUUUUAAUUGAUGGAGGGCAACACGUUCGCUGUAGCACUGUCCUCCUCACCUUUACUACCAGACUCAUCCCUGUCUAAAUGAGUAGCACUGUGACUGUCAGGAAUUUAGCUUUUCCUUCUCCAUCCGCUGUUAUCUGUAAAUACAGAACAUUAAUUUAUUUUUCAUUUUAGCAUCAUGGGUCACAAACAUUUCUGUUUUUGCAGCAAAACUGAAGCAUUUCAUCCAACUUGUAAAAUUAAGUUUUUGUCAGAAUGCGUUACCCUCUCAGCACAGACGUGUCAAUGUUUUCAUGUUUUUAGAUUUGUUAGUGCAGUUUGGGUCAAAGAGGUGAUCAUUUGAAAAUGACAAUGCCAUAAACAUUCUUAAUUCUUUUUUUUAAAAAUAUAUAUAGCAACUUUUGAUAAACUCUCCUUGCUUAGAUGAAACAAAGGUGCAAAGAUAAUAUUUUUUCUAAAUAUCUCAAACUUUAUUUUUCAAAAGUGAAGGAUCUCCAACAAAAGAUUUUAAAGUUUUUAUCUUUUUCAAGACAGAUGAAGGAGAGCAUAGGAAUCUCAUUAAUGCAGUGCCUUUCUUAGCUUGAUUGUGAAGCAGUUCAAGUACAACAUGUGUUGUGUGUCAGUGUUGUGGUGCCCCGCCGUGCCGCAGCCCGGUCACAGUGUCGUCCCCAUGAAUGUAUAAAACAACAACGCUGGCCUUACCGGAGGAUUGGUCUUCCCAAAUGUUCAGUAAGUGCAGUGAGCGAAAUGUCUUGUCAAACGAUGCUUUGAGACGUCAGUUGGUGCUCACUUGGUUUGUGCUGUUUAACAGAAAGACAUGACUGUUAAUCAUAAUUUAUGUCGAUAACAUUUCAUUUACUUCAAUUAGUCUUAACCUGCACCAGCCGUGUUUUUAAAUCCAGAGCCCGACGUUGCCGUGGGUGUCUAAUUUUACUUGCAACAAAUCUGAAAUCAUCCCUUUCUAAUCAGACAUCUGAUAUGGAGCAGGUGCAGAGAUACGAGUUUUUAUUUUUCAGCUUCCGCUUUUGUUCCCCAGCCUCCUUAUUGGCUGACUUCAACACCUUAGAGACAUGCAGCGCAAAAAGUUUGUGCUUAAAAGCAUAAAAACAAGCUUCAGGCAAAGUUUCUAAAUGCAUCUG